AUGGCCGAUGUGGACGAGAGUCAGUUUUCGCUCAUGAGUCUUGAGGACGAGCUGACCUGCAGCAUCUGUCUGAGUCCCUUUGACUGUCCGGUCACCCUCCCCUGUGGACACAACUUCUGCCAGGACUGUCUCCUCGCCACGUGGAAGGACUCCUACAGCUGCCCUCAGUGUCGGACCCUCUUCGCCACUAAACCGGAGCUGAAGAAAAACACGGUCCUCAGCACUGUGGUGGAGACCUUCACCCAGAGGUCCAACAAAAAGGAGGGUAAACAGGUGUGCAAUGAAAGCAAAGGGAUCAUGGAGGAGAAGAAAGAGGAGAAGAAAGUUGAAGUCAUCCGCUGUGACACCUGUAUGGAGGCAGAGGCGUCCCAGACCUGCCUCACCUGCAUGGCCUCUUACUGCGAGGACCACCUGCGACCACACCGAGAAAACCCGGUGUUUCGCCUCCACCAGCUGAGCCAGCCUGUCAGCGACCUGUUGCAGCGCAUCUGUGCGGACCACAACAAGCUGAUGGAGCUCUUCUGCAGCCAACAUGGACGACCGAUCUGCAGCUUGUGUCUCCAGCAGGUUCACAAAGGCUGUCCCUUCAUUUCUCAUGAGGAGCAGAGGAACCAGAAAGAGGUGUGUUUGAAAGAAAAAGUGCUGAUCUAUUGGUGCAUGUUUAGUUUUUAUUUUGUAAUUUUUAAUGCCUGAAACUGGUGUGAGGGAGUAGGUGUCAGUUGAGAGGUGACAACCCUGAUUUUACAUUUUGCACUAACAUUUGCAGUAAAUUACACAUACACAGUCAAAAGUCAGCAGAAUGACAUGUUUGUCAGAAAAUACAACUUAGAUGAGGAAAUCACUGCGCUCGCUUUGUUCACUGAUGUGCAAAAAACAGUUUUGUUUUUUUUUUUACUUAUUUUGUUUUUAAAGAAAGAAGGAGGUUUUUAGUUGCAUUAAUAUGUGUGAUGCAGAUGUCAAAUCACAAGUAACUGUAAUAAUCUUAUAAUCAAUAUCAAUCAAAAUAAUUGUGGUUAUGUGGUUUUUGUCCUAAUCAAGCAGCCCUACUACCUGGGCAGGUUGUUAUAAGUACCUCAUAGAAAUGAAUGGUUUUUUUUGGAAGAAAAAGAAACAGUAAAUGUAAAUUGCAAUUUCUGAAAAUGCAUUUCUGCAAUCAUUCCGAAAUUAGAAAAACCAAAUGUUAGUUUCAAGUGUUGGCAUUUAAUAGAGUUGUGCAUGCUUUUUAAUGGAAGAACCAGAAUCUUAAAACUCAAAUGUGUGAUUUUAUACAUAAAUACCUGUGUAGCCACCCAGUUUGAUGAUUAAACUCUAAAUCUGAAGCCAGAGACCAAAACUAUCCCAAACUUAUACUUCUUAAUAUUAAGGCGAUGUUCCUAGCAGACCAAUAAUGAAUCUGUAAUGAAUGAAACUGUGUCUCCGUAUAUUCAAACUCUAUUUGUAACAUUUCCUGGUUUGUAGUCUGACCUGAGAAGCAAGAUGAUGCUGAUUGAUGGGAAGAUCACAAAGAAUGAGACAAUUCUGUCUCAAAUGACCGACAUUCAAAACAAACUCAAGGUAACAGGUUUCAUUUCAUUAUUUUAUUGCCCAUACAAGAAGCAAGUUCACACCUUUAAUGUUUAAUUUUUUGUGCUGAGUUGUAUGUGUGUUGAUAAGCUAUGGAUCAUCUGAUUGCCUUCCUUCAGGAUUCAGCAACCAACAGGAAGAAAUCAGUGACAGCUGAGUAUCAGCAGAUACGGGAUAUGUUGGCCAAAGAGGAGCGUGAAGCUCUGACUGCAGUGGACAGGGAGCUGGAGAGUGGGCAGACCAAACUCAAUGUUCUCAAGAAGAAGUUCACCGAGAAUGUAGACAGUCUGAGUAAAGCUAAAGAAGAUAUUCACAGUCUUCUGGGUCAGCCCCAAACUCUAGCCUUCUUGCAGGUGAGCUAUUUUGUUAAAAGACUAUGUCAUUUGAUGCUCUGCACAGGAAAAGUUCUCUUAGGAGGUGUGACGAAAGAGAAACACAGAAACCUUAAAUGUUACAGCAGUAAGCGGAUUUGGGUGCAUGAUAUUUACUCUAACUCGCAUUCUGCAACCUUUCUAUUCCGGUUGUUUUGUUCUUUGCAUGUUAAAUCUACUCUGAGUUCAAAAGUCUAUAAGAGUAUUUCUCUUAAUCCCGCACACAAAACCAGUGAAAUUAAAGAUAAGGUAAUCAAUCAUGAAUGUAAACUACAACUCGCAUUGUCUGUAGAGGCACUAACUUGCUCCAGUGUACUCAUACAUAGUAUGUACUGCAGUAGAUAAUAGUACAUCUUUAGUCUCUCAGUUUCUCCUGAAUCAAGCUUUGUCUCAUUUCACGAAGCAUUACUGUGUUCCUCUGCUUACAGACCUCAUUUGACCUUCCCCAAUCUGCAAACUUUGACCCUUACACCCCGCGGAUCAGCCUGGACUCCAAGAACGUGAUAGCGUCUCAGGCCUUUUCCUCGGCUCUGAAGCAGUAUCUGACGGAGAUCUUUAAACAGCCGAUCGAGGCCAGAGUCCAGAUAUUAAAACCAGGUAACGGACUGUGUUUUUUAAGAGGGUGAUUUUACACUUAGUGAUUUAUCUUGAAAUAUUCAUAAAGAAAGUUGUGUCCAAUUUAUUGCAGAGCAAAACACUGUUGAAUCUGGUGAGUUUAUGACGUGUGGAAAAGCAUACAAAUCAAAUGAAAUAAUAACCAUGUUGAUUCUGUGUGUUGUGGUGGUGGACUAACUAAAAUCAGCUCAGAAUGGGACUUCUUUAUUAACCUCUGAGAACAAAUACAAUUUUCUUAAGUCAAACCGAGCCCUGUGGAUAUGUAGUGAUGCACCUUGUGCAGUUGAGGAUCAGUGGCUUACUCAGAAGUGCUUCAGUCAUGCCUGAUUGUCAGGGGAUACAGAUGCUGCUGUAACAGCCAUAGUGUGUUUGCACGAAAACCAAAAUACACGACAGUAUUGUAAAACCAUGCUGUGGCACACUAACACCAGUACAGUGGCUUCCACAAAUGAGCCCUUUAGUUCCAGGUCAAGUCCAUGCUGACUUUAGCCCCGAUUUUUAAGAUCUGAAUUGUUAGUUCAAAUGAUUAUUUCUUUUGUUCAUCAUGCAGAGUUACAGGCCAAAGUAAACAACAAAUGGACCAACAACCAUGUCCAGACCCUCAAUAUGUCACAAACAUUUUAUUUGUAUCACCGUCAAAAGUGACUCAACUUGAACCUCCUUCCUGCUUGCCUUUAUUUAACUUUUCCCACUUACAAUCGAGGAGUUCUCCGUGGUGCUGUUCAUGGUGAUAAGUUUUGUUCAAAAGGGUUGAAUGUACUGUAUUUUAUUUUAUUUUUUCAAAAAUGUAACUCUUUCACUGUUUUUGUUCUUUCUUUUUUCUUGGGUAAAUAUGAGAUAACAUGAGGCUAGAGGAAUCUUAAAUGCUAUGAGCCUUAGGAACAAACACUGGGUAGAUAUUUGACUUUUAUAGCCUGCUGCUAUCAGUGUGUGUGAAUGGGUAGAAUAGAGGCUUGAUUGUGAUGCCUGAAUGAGUAAAUCCCGUCUAUUCCCUUUUCACAGAUAAAAAAGAAACUCCAGUUCCAAGACCUUCAGAGUCAGGUAUGAUCAUUUCUGCCAAUGUGCUACUUUGGCAAAAUACCCACAGACAGGAAAACGUGUCACUACAUGACAGUAUAUCCUCAUAUAUUUAUCACAUAAAAACGUACACAGGUAAACCUAGUAAUCAUUUUUCUUUUGAAAGCAUGACCACGACUGAAAAGAUAGUGGAGAGUUAUUUGUCUUUGAGUGUGUUGGUUAAAUGAAACCAGUUUUCAGCUAAUCCUCUGAGGUUUUUUGAAGCCCCUCAGUCUAUUUGAUGUCAGUCAGAUACAUCUGCAUUUAGGGGCUUACAAACAGAGCGGUAAAGUCAAACUGCCCAGUUAUUUUCCUUGGCACUCCUUCAUGAGGAGAUUCUUAAAAUGGCACUUAAAACGUUGUGGAAAAACUAGGUCAGGUGUUGGAUCUGAUUUUGCCCAGUUUUCAACCAUGUAUCGAAAUCCCUGUUGAGGAAAUUCUGUAGUCAGCCAGUGUCCAUUUGUUGUAUUAUCUUCAAACAUCUUUUUUUUUAAUUUUUUUUUUACAUGUGCUCUGAUAGUUCGAAGCAAAAUUGAGAGCUGAAUUGAUAUAAAAGCCUUUUACCCACUUCAGCUCUGCAACAGUGCUGAAACGGAGCUCCGCCAUCAGUACGCGCUACUUACACACUGCAACCUGACACAGUGUAAUAUUGGUGUCCUAGCGUGUCUGUACACAUUACAUCAUAUCAAAAGUACCAGAGGCAUGUCUUGUUAACGCACAGCAAGGGCUUUGCAUACACACACUCAGAUGUACACGUGCAUGUACACACAGAGCUGUUCAUCCCUGCAAACAUCCAGCACUGAAAUGUAAGCGCCUAAAGUGUCCUCUUUGUUUAUCUGUUGUAAACCACCAGAUCCCCAAAAGCAGAGGGGGAAGCCCAGGUCCCACAGUCCAGGGCGCCCACCUAUCCAGCCCCACCUCCAACCAGCUGCUGGUUUUCAACCUCCACAGUAUUAUUUACCGCAUUACAGGUCCCAUGGUAGGUCAACAGGCUCUUGAAAUGUUUCUCCUUUUGUGUAAGGACAGGAAAAAGUUAGUGCAGUGAUGAUACAAAGUCAUGAAUUUAUAAAUAUACUGAGCCAGAUGAGAGUCAGAACACACCCACAGUCUCAAAGGUUGAUGCAGUGAGAAAUAAAAAGACAACUCAAGUCCUUGUGAUAAGUCAAGGGAGUUACAUGUUAAGUAUAAUGAAGAACUUCCUGGUUGACAAGGGUAUGACAUCGACAGAAGAAUUGAAUUUUAGUCUUUUUGAGUAUUUUGCAUGUUGUUAAAAAAUCUAUUCAAUGUAAGACUGGAUCUGGACUUCAAAGUGAUAUUUAUUUGUGUUAUUGGGACUGGAAUCACACUAAAUCAGGUUUCUUGGAGUUGGACAAACAUAUCUCGAUAAUAUGGUUGGGAAUUGAAUUUCUGGUCCAUGUGAACGCUAAAACCUGACUCAGGCUGGCUGAAGUGUUCUGUGCAUGCUUGGCCAGCAUGCUGGGCUUUGACCUCAAAGUUGAUUGCACAGACACAACUAAGACUUCAGUAAUAAGGGAUUUAAAAAGUACAGGUUGCCAGACAACAACAGUGAGAUAUUUGGAAGUAAGAAGUUAGUGAAUUAAAAUCAAAUCAAAUAAUGAUCCUGCUCUUCCCCAUAAAUUAAAAUUAAACUUUGAUUUUUUUUUUCUUUUUUUUGCAUGAGCUACUUAAGUUUAUGUUUAUUCAGAGAAAGAGUCAAUGACACCACCUGUUGACAUGUCCUCAGGUGAAAUGCCAGCCAUUGAACUGGGCUUUCCAUAUCGGAGACUUGGAGUUUAUCCAGAAUCUGGCAUGUCUAUCCAUCAAACACUACAGCAGAGUAAAAUGUGAAAUAACAUACAAGGAGAUUUUUAAAUCUUGGCUAAUGUGGGUAAUCUCAUUUCAGAGCUGCAGUGGCCUCCAGGGAUCAGACCCCCCAGACCCCUGAGCCCUGGAUCUCAAACCAAAGCAGGACCAAAGAAGAAAGCUCAGAGUAAGAAAGCGCUCAUUUGUUAACAGAAAAACCAACAUCAUAGAGCACAAUUAUCUGAAAUUAAUUGAUACAGUAUGUCUUGGCGAUAUCUCAGCUUUACCAUCAGAACUCUGCAACUGAAAGGGCCCAUAAGGAUAAUUUCAGGAAUUUUGACUUUAAAUAUAGUUUUAAGAGUUUAUUUAAAUGCUUCAAAUCCCCAAAUCUGAACAACCUCAGUUAAAAGGGACUCUAGGUUAAUACACCAUGAAAAUUUUAAGCAGCAUUGAAAGUGUGGCACAAAUCGAAGAAAUACAAAGAUAGAAAAGAGCACCUCUGUCUCUCCCACUCAGAGUUUUAUUACAUAACUAGCUGCUGAUAUUUAUUUCUGUUGGCUGCCCUCAACACACCUGUGUUUGGUCAGACACUUCCCAUCAACCUUUGGUGCACCAACAGUAACUUGGUGAAGGAAUCAGGUGAAAGGUUCACCAAGCCAAAGGUUGGAUUGCUCAAGAGUCAAAAUGGACAAAUGUAACAGAAGUUAAACCUGAUUAUAAAUCCUGUGUUGGUAUCGUAAUGUGCAAUACAGACAACUACAGAUGACUCUGAUGACUGGUGUGCUUAGGUGAUCAUAGACCCAGGUCUCCUGACAGAAACAUAAAUGGACAACUCCCACUUUCUUCACUUUCUUCUGUUCUCCCUAUUUCUCAGAGGGACCUUCAUUUUCCUGUUUUCCUCAUUCCUCCAUCCUUCAACACACUUUGUUCCUUUCCCAUCUGUUCCAAGGGCUGAACCCUCAUUCAGCAUGAAACAAACAGCCUCACUGUAAAAUUAGGAAUAAGUUCACUAAACAUUAAAUAGACUGUGUUUAAAAGCAUUAUCAGGCUCAGCUUUAAAGUCAGAAGAAAGUCAUGAACACAUUUAAGUCGGAAAAUAAAUCCAAUAAAAAAAUCAAAUGUGUUCUGCUAGCCAACUUGGAUAUGAGGAACUUUAUUGAUCCACGAAGGGAAAUUCAAUGUGCUAAUUAUUAAAUACUUAUUAUUGCCUCAAAGUUCAUUAUCUUUUACCACAAGGUAAUAUCUAUUAAUAUUGGGUCAGUAAGAUUGUUCCUAUGAUGCUGAGUCAUUUGCGAAUGAAACUUUGCCUGAAUAUGGUUAGAGCUUAUGGCUGACUGUUAUGAAUCAAAGUAGGUGGUGUUAGCUAAGACUGUUCUUACACUGUGAGUUUUGCUCACCUUUCUUUACUGUCAUCUGUCUUUCUCCUGUAUUCCUUAUCCUCACUUUUAAACUCUUGUUAGCUUUCUUUGGGGGAGACAUGGUGCCCCCCGCAGCAUCAUUCAAUAAAGUCUACAGAAGGCCGUCAGAGCGAUCCUGUCAACUGGCAGGUGGAGGGCAGGGAUGGGCUAAACCAUUAUCAUUUGGAAGGGGUAAGAGGGGCCUCUGACAGAGACUUUACAUUACCUCCAGAAAUAAACUUUGAGUAUCUGUUUAUUUAAUGAAGCAGUUUCAGUUUUACUACAACAGAAACAGCGUAGACGAAGGGAAAAAGCAAACAAAAAAGGGAAACAGUAUGUAUAUUUCUGGCUCAUCAAGGGCGCCUGGGUCCCCUCACCAGAGCCCCAAGCAGUCAGUUCUACUUUUCCCCUCUCUCUGAUGCCUCUGGUGGCAUUUAUUAUUAAACUAAGUGAGUCUUAUCACAUUUAUUUGACUCUAAAGACAGACAGUGAUAGGGUUUGUCAUGCAUUGUUGGUACAGACUUUUACACUGUUCUGAAAUUUGAACAAUCUCUACUAUUAAACUCUGCCGUUAAUUCCAGUUUAUACAAUUAACCCCAUUUAUGACAAUACUACACUAGGUGGUAAUGGGCACUUGGUCUUGGUCUUUAAAAGUCUUGGUUUUAAAUUUGUAUCAGUGAACUUCUUGAGUAUAAAUGAUGACUGAUGACUUGUGUGAUAUCUCUUCACCUUUAACAGGUCAUACACUCCAUUCCUGCUCGCUCUUUUUACCGUGUUUUUUUUUUUUUGUUUCCAGAAAAUACAAAAAAAGGUUCCCAGUCUACUGAAGGCAAAAUGGAAAACAAAAAGCGCGCCGGAUCGAUGGAAAACCUGCUGGAUAUGAAAGACAGUACACCUGCAGCUGAAGCCAAACAAAAAUCAGGUAGACACCAUUAUUAUUAGCUUUAAAUUAUGCAAUGUGAUUUAUCAAACUUUAAACUGAUUGCGGUCGCCAUUUUUGCGUCUAUAUUUCGAACGUUUGGACGGCAGCUUCAAACUGGCUCAGCGUUAGGCCCUUAUGGCUACGGUCAUUGUGGCGAGAGGGAGGCAUAGGCACAAUGAUUGAUGACAGAGAGAGAGAGACAGUCUUCUGUGCAAGUGUCAACAUAUUUAGACUGUCAGAAAUAAAAAUAGUAGAGUAGUAGUAGCUAAUAGUAAUGCCAUUUUUGAGUUGCUGGGUGACCUAAAGGCUGAUUUGGAACCAGUCACAAAAAUGAUCCAUGCCAUAUCUCCUAUGGGAAAACUCUUUGCAAAACCACAUCAUACAGCGCACCAUCGCAGUUAAUGCGUCUCCCAGUGUAGUUUUUCUGCUGUGCUUUCCCAAGUGUUGAAUGCGAUUUCACGUAGGAUGGGCAGGUAUAUCCAGUUCCCACACACCGGGGACACAGUAUAUUACUCAAAACACGGCUUUUUAUGCAGUUGCUGGCGUCCGCAAAACGACAGGUGCAACUCCGAGGCUUUAAACUUCAUUUUUCAUGAAUGGCCACUCUAUUCUCCCAAACUCAAUGGUGACAGCCUGUAGCGCACGCAAAAUCCUUAUUUAAAGAAGGCUAUUCACACCACUUAUGCACCUGUUAUCAAUUGCGCACACAAUCAUAGUAUAUCAGCCACAACAUGCCCACUAAUAGCACAUGCAAUUUUUUAGUUUGAACACGCAAUUUUACGCUCAUUAUUUGGGAUCUUAGUCUAUCAGGCCCUAUGAGCACUCCACCAUUUGAUGCCACUGCAGGCUUACAGUGUCUUUUGUUGUUGGGACUUUAAUAAAUAACAUAACUUACCAUGUAAAAAGCAGGUAAUGAGUUUGUGGUUGCUUGAUGUGAUCAAUAAGUUCAUUUUAUUUCUUUUAUUAAAUUUGUUAAGUAUAAUUCAGAUGAUUUGGACGCCAGAUGCCUUAUAUCUUUCAAAGGGACUUCAUUUCCUCUGAUGCCAUGUGACAGAUUGCUCUCAUGAAAUUUUUGUGUUAGAUGAAAUAUCUUUAAUGUUACGCAAAAAGUAAUUUUCCUCAUGUUUGUGCAGUUGACCUUUAGGGCCACCAUACGUCUCACUUAUUAAAAAACUGAAUCAGGUGUUUGUAAGGCAAGAGCCACUCCAUAAUUAUUUGUUGACACAUGCAGCAGCACUUCCAAAAAUCUGUCAUAAAUUAACCAUUGUUAAAGCUUCUGUUCACUAUUCCUGAACCUGAUGAUUAUGUUUUUCCUCUGCAGAAGAAUCUGUGGAUGUUUCCCCCAACAUCACAUCUGCUGAAAAGAGGAGUGAACUUCUGAAAUGUAAGUGUUUGAGUCUAGAAGGUUUGAUAGCUCGAAUGAUUAUGGAAUAAUUCAUUAUUUUCUUUUCCUGACAGAUGGCACCGUUCUCACUUUGGACCCAAAGACGGCCCACAAACGUGUUACGCUGAAAGAGGGACUCACUGUGGCCACUGUGUCUGAUGAACCCUCAAACUACCCCGACUGUCCUGAGCGCUUCACCGUCUGCUCCCAGGUCCUCGCCUCAAAAGGUUUCUCUAGAGGGCGUCACUACUGGGAGGUCAAAAUGAGUAGCAACAACUUCAUUGGCAUUGGCUUGGCUUAUAAGAGCAUCGAACGGAAAGGCCCCACCAGCCGACUCGGCCGUAAUGCCCAGUCCUGGUGUGUGGAGUGGUUUAAUGUCAAGCUGUCAGCGUGGCACAACAGCAGUGAGACUGUGCUGGAGAAUCCCAACUCAAAGCGUAUAGGUGUGCUGUUAGAUUGUGAGGAUGGGGUCGCUACAUUCUACAAUAUUGCGGAAAGGGCUUACCCCUUCCACUCCUUUGUGUUCCCCUUCGCUGAAGCCGUUUAUCCAGCCUUCUGGAUUUUCUCAAGUGGCUCCUCUGUCACUUUGUGCAAGCUCGUAUAA